UCUGUGCGAACUGAAGUGAUAAACACCUCGGCAUAAGCAUGUUUAAAGGCAAAACAGCAUGGUUCUCCGGCAGUGUUGGAAUGGGGGUGACCAGCGUCUGGGUUUCUGAAGGGGGAGCUCUUUCCUCCUGGAAAACAGCAGAUUACCUCUUCAGUGCUGAUGCCUCUUCUGAAGACACUAAAAGGAUAUAUGAAAGUGAGGAUUAUGUGAAGAACAGGGCAACGGUUUUCCACAGCAAUUUCGUGUCAACAUGUAAACCCCGCCAGAGUGUAAAAUCUGUGCCUAUUGGCCACUAUGUGCUGCCCCCCGACUCUAUCCAGAAUGAAAUGAGAGUGCUAAUCGGAAGGUUCAUUUGGGAAACAGAUGAACAGGUGAUGAGUGAAGAACAGAUAAAUACUGAAGAGUCUGAAGACAGUCUAUCUGAUGAUCAACCAGUGAGAGAGAAGAACAGCCAGGAUGAUUACGAGACUGUUGCAUCACCGAACAAAGUGUGUUCAUGUUGUGAGAUGCGGCAAUAUCCUGUAAACAACAUGAUCUCAGGAUAUGUUCAUAUUGACCAAAUGAAGACGUAUUCAGGGGAACUUUAUGAUUUUCUUCCCUCCCUCCAUGGCCAUAACGUUUCAAGAUCUAAUGACGUGACACCCCCUCAUUGUCACAAAGAAAUGUAAUAUAAUAUGCUUCACAUAAGAAGUGGAUUGUCUUUGUUUUAUGCGUUUCUUUGGCAAAAGUAUUUAAUGCAAAUGGAUGCUCAUUUUCAGUUCCUACUCAUCUCAUAU